AUGAAUCCCAUACUCGAUGAUAUGAGUAUUGAAGAAGAAGUAAAUCUUCAUUCAACACAUAUACUACCAGGACAAAAAGAAUCUGGCCUAUCACAUACUAGCAACUCUUCCAUGAAUAAUGCUCGUCUUCGAACUAGUCAGCCAGUUCAACAUAUUCAAGUUAUAUCUAACCAAAAUUCCCAUGCUAACAGUAUUCGUACGUCUCCUCAAGGUAUUGGUGCUUUCGCUUUGAAUUCAUCAACAUAUAACAUUCCUCGUAUGGAUCAGAAUGAUUUUGUACCAUCAUCAAUCAUGGCUACUGAAAUAACUCGCAGUGUUGUUGACAUUACUGGCAUUCAUCGAUUUUCUACAAAACGUAUUGAUACAAUUAAUAACAAUCGUAGAAAAACUAUUAGACUUACUGGUAUGUUCGGAAUAGAUCGAAGCUUUUUUAAGCCAGCGGUUAUCCUAUUAAUCAAAAAUUGA